CUGAUACAUAAUUUUAAGUGUUUGGAAAACGCAAGAUGAAACUUUUCCAUGUUCCAGCAAGAUAUGUUCUGGCUUUGAUGGGAUUUUGGGGGACCUUUACCCAAAUCCUAUUCAAACAAAAUAUAAGCGUUGCAAUAAUUGAGAUGGUAGAUUUUGCUGGCUUAGAAAAUUUCAGCACCUCAACUCAGAACAGUACAUUAACGUCAGAUACGAACUGGACGACUCAACAGAAUCUUCUCGAAAUUCCAGAAUGUCCUGAUAUGGGGGCAGAAGCAGAUUCCAAUCGUACGAGUUUAAAGGACGAAUUCAAAUUUCUAUGGACUGGUUCACAACAAGGUCUUGUGUUGGGAAGCUAUUCUUACGGAGUUGUUGUAUCCUUAGUCGCCAUGACAUCACUCAGUCGUAAGGUCGGCCACGUCCGUUUGCUUGGGUAUUGCAUUUUUGCUACUUCGAUUUUAACUAUCCUUACACCAGUAGUUACGGAGGCAGGAGGGUACAUCGCAUUAGUCGUGCUGAGAGCAUGUUGUGGAAUACUUUCGGGUCAUACAAUAUCUCAGUUGUUCGGGCUUGCAGGAAUAUGGUCACCUCCACAAGAACGAAGCAAAAUUGUUUCUUUCAUGUUAGCUGGAGCUCCAAUAGGCCAAAGUUGUUUUAUGCCUGUUGCUGGGGUACUUGCAGGAUCAUUGGGAUGGAAGUCGGUCUUCUACGUUACAGGUGGAUGUGGAGUUUGUUGGUCCAUAUUAUGGUUAAUUCUGAUACACGAAACUCCAGAAAAACACCCCAGAAUUUUAGACUCAGAAAAAAGAUAUAUAACUUCGUCUUUAAGCCACCGACAGCAAAGUACGGAAAAGAGAAAUAUACCGUGGCUGAAGAUGCUCAAAUCCCGUCCACUAUAUUGUCUUGUUGCUGUUCAUUUUUGCAGCGUAUAUGGUAGAACAACAUUCCGAUUGUUGCUCCCAACUUAUCUCAGAACUGCCCUGAAAUUCGACGUGAAGACGAGUGGAAUCUUGAGCGCUGUCCCAUUUGCAUUGGCUGGUCUCUUACUAUUUGUAUGUGGACCCCUUGCCGAUUAUUUUAUUUUGAAAGGAAUUCGACCAAUUAUUGUAAGGAAAAUCUUUACUGGUUUUGGUAUGGUCCUUUCGUGUGUAGCUGUAGUAAUUUUAAUAUACUCUGGAUGUAACGUAGUACAAGUAAUAUCAAUGGUGACUAUAACAAUUGCAAUGGACUCGUUUGCUGUACCUGGUUUCAAAUCAUGCCUUAUUGAAAUAUCACCCGAGUUCAGUGGAAUCAUUUUUGGUAUGAGUGCUACGAUAGCAAACUGUUCUGGAAUUUUGGCGCCACAAAUCACAGGAGUUUUAAGGGAUGCAUAUGGUUAUUUUGGAUGGCAAAUUGCUUUUUGGAUUGCUGCUGCUGCAUAUCUCUUCGGAGGUUUGGAAUUUUGUAUAUUUGGAACCAAUGAAAGACAGGUCUGGAAGAAGCCGAAUAACCAUCAAUCUUCCGUAAUGACACUGACCGAAAACAUAUAAUGGAUCUUGUUUGUAGCACAUCGACAGCCUGUUAUUACAGUUAAAAAUCGAUUACCACUUUCUUGUACUACAUGUUUAGGAAGGUCAUUGCGCCAAAAUUUGUGAGCUUCUCACCUGGGCAAUGCCGACUGCCAAUCACCCCUCGCGUUAUGAAAACAGAACUCGAAGUCUGCCAGCCAUGUCAUGUAACCGUGAACGUAACAAAUAUAUUGAAUUACAAGGUUAAAAAAAGGUACUCCCGAAGUUUGCGCACCAAGAUGUCGCACAACCCGAACCCUAACCUGGUACACAGACUGAGUUCAGGUUGGUGCGC